UCACGUUGAAAGAAAGGUGUAAACAAUCGAUUUUUUACCCUGCGAUCUGCUAAAUUUACUAGUAGAAACAUUCGAAAACUAUGCAGAAAUAUGAGAAACUUGAAAAAAUCGGUGAAGGAACAUAUGGGACAGUUUUUAAGGCUAAAAAUAAAGAGACCCAUGAAAUUGUAGCUCUCAAACGUGUAAGGUUAGAUGACGACGAUGAAGGCGUCCCAUCGUCUGCUUUACGCGAAAUUUGCUUACUGAAGGAGCUUAAGCAUAAAAACAUUGUAAGAUUAUACGAUGUCCUUCAUAGCGAAAAGAAGUUGACGCUUGUGUUUGAACACUGUGACCAAGAUUUAAAAAAGUACUUUGAUAGUCUUAAUGGAGAGAUAGACUUAGACGUUGUGAAGUCAUUUAUGUAUCAAUUACUUCGUGGACUUGCCUUUUGCCAUAGCCACAAUGUUCUACACCGAGAUUUAAAGCCCCAAAACUUGUUGAUAAAUAAAAACGGUGAAUUGAAGCUAGCAGAUUUUGGUUUAGCUAGAGCUUUUGGUAUUCCUGUGAAGUGUUAUUCAGCUGAGGUUGUCACCCUGUGGUAUCGGCCUCCAGACGUUCUUUUUGGGGCUAAAUUGUAUACAACUAGUAUUGAUAUGUGGUCAGCAGGUUGCAUUUUUGCUGAACUUGCAAACUCUGGACGUCCAUUAUUCCCAGGUUCUGAUGUUGAUGAUCAAUUGAAGAGGAUUUUUAAAUUACUAGGAACACCAAAUGAAGACACUUGGGCUGGAGUGACACAGUUGCCAGAUUAUAAGCCACUGCCAAUUUACCAACCCAGCCUAGGGCUCGCCCAAGUAGUCCCUCGUUUGCCAGCCAGAGGAAGAGACCUACUUGCACGGCUCCUCACUUGCAACCCAGCUUUAAGGAUGCCUGCUGACGAUGCUAUGGCACAUGCUUACUUCCAUGACCUGAAUCCAUCAGUCAAGAAUGACCGAUGUUAACAAUCAAUACAUCCAUACAAAUGCACCUCAGAACUGCUAGUUUGUGAUAAAAAUGAUGAUGAGGUGCAGGAGUGUUGUGAUGAAGAAACUUUUGCUUAAUGAUAAGGACAAUUUAGUGUUUUUAGGACAUGUCUUAAUCAGGCAACAUUCUGCUCAAUACAUGUAAUGUUUUUGAGUGUCAAAAAACGAAUAUUGACUAUGAUGGUUAUGUUGCAUUAUGGUGUGUGUAGGUACGCGCAUUAUGUUGCCUAAUGGACAUAAAAAUGAUAAGCUGUAUAAAAUGGUAAAUU